AUGGCCGCCGACGAGGCCAAGGCGAAGGGCAACGCGGCGUUCUCGGCCGGCCGCUUCGAGGAGGCGGCGGGCCACUUCGGCGACGCCAUCGCGCUCGCCCCCGACAACCACGUCCUCUUCUCCAACCGCUCGGCGGCCUACGCCUCGCUCCACCGCUACAAGGAGGCGCUCGCCGACGCCGAGCGGACCGUCGCGCUCAGGCCCGACUGGGCCAAGGGCUACUCCCGCCUCGGCGCCGCGCGUCUCGGGUCGGGCGACGCCGCGGGCGCCGUCGAGGCCUACGAGAAGGGCCUCGCCCUCGACCCCUCCAACGCCGCCCUCAAGGACGGGCUCGCCCAGGCCCGGUCGGCGGCCCUCCCCCGCCGCCCGGCCUCCGGCGCCGACGCCAUUGGCAAGAUUUUCCAGGGGCCCGACCUCUGGAGCAAGAUCGCCGCCGACCCCACCACGCGCGCCUACCUCGACCAGCCCGACUUCAUGCAGAUGCUGCGCGAUCUGCAGCGGAACCCAGGCAACCUCAACAACUACCUCUCCGACCCCCGCAUGAUGCAGGUGCUCAGCCUCAUGCUCAACAUCAAGGUCCAGAACCAGAACAAUGACGCCUCCGAGCCGGCGCCGGCGCCGACGCCGGCCAAGUCGUCCCCGCCGCCGCCACAGAAGCAGCCCGAGACCAAGCCGAGAGAGCCGGAGCCCGAACCUGUGGAGAUGACCGACGAGGAGAAGGAACGGAAGGAGAGGAAGGCGGCGGCCCAGAAGGAGAAGGAGGCGGGGAACGCCGCUUACAAAAAGAAGGAUUUCGAGACGGCGAUCCAGCACUACACAAAAGCCAUGGAGCUUGACGACGAGGACAUCUCCUACCUCACAAACCGCGCCGCCGUUUACCUUGAGAUGGGACAGUACGAUGAUUGCAUUAAGGAUUGUGACACGGCUGUUGAGAGGGGAAGGGAACUUCGUGCUGACUUCAAGAUGGUUUCGAGGGCACUCACAAGGAAAGGAACUGCUCUUGCUAAACUUGCCAAGUCUUCCAAAGACUACGAUGUUGCCAUUGAGACUUUCCAGAAGGCUCUGACUGAGCAUCGAAACCCAGAUACCCUGAAAAGACUAAAUGAUGCUGAACGAGCAAAGAAGGAGCUCGAGCAACAAGAGUACUAUGAUCCAAAAAUUGCUGACGAGGAGCGAGAGAAAGGUAAUGAGUUCUUUAAGCAGCAAAAAUACCCAGAAGCAGUGAAGCAUUACACUGAAGCGCUCAGGAGAAACCCGAAGGAUCCGAAGGUUUACAGCAACAGGGCUGCCUGUUACACCAAGCUGGGUGCCAUGCCUGAAGGUCUCAAGGAUGCCGAGAAGUGCAUCGAGCUAGAUCCUACAUUCUCCAAGGGAUACACCAGGAAGGGUGCAAUCCAGUUUUUCAUGAAAGAAUACGACAAAGCAAUGGAAACUUAUCAGGAAGGCCUAAAGCAUGAUCCGAGUAACCAGGAGCUGCUUGAUGGUGUAAAGAGAUGUAUUCAGCAGAUCAACAAGGCGAACAGAGGCGAACUUACCCCGGAGGAACUGAAGGAGAGACAGGGCAAGGCUAUGCAGGACCCUGAAAUCCAGAACAUCCUGACGGACCCUGUCAUGCGGCAGGUGUUGAUUGAUUUCCAGGAGAAUCCAAGGGCUGCUCAGGAGCAUCUCAAGAACCCUGGUGUUAAGCAAAAGAUCCAGAAGCUCGUGAGCGCAGGGAUAGUCCAGAUGAAGUAG